AUUUGGAGUCGGACCGGAUAUUGCGUACACGUGUAUGGAAUCUCUCUGAGAAGGCAGCAUGGGGAAGUUUCGCAGGAGUCAAAGGCUCCAGAAACCCAAAGCAGAUCAGAAAGUAUACGAUGAGUCCCUGGCUAACGCAGAUAUCCCUUCAACUGAAGAUAUCAAUUCAGAUUAUUUCAAUGAUGAUGUUGAGAAAUUCCAUGAGCAAAAGUUCCAACGUCUGAUAAAAGAAGGAAUGAACCUUGAAAGUGAUGAAGAACCGAUCGAUAGUGAGGAAGAGGUCAUGCCUCUGGAUAUUGUAGAUGAUGAAGAUGAAGAGGACCAGGAGGAGGAAGAAGCUGAUGAUCAUGGUUCUAUGGCAAGUGACCUAGAAGACCGGCGAGAUGACGGUCUUCCAGAUGAACUGGCUUGGGGUCAGAAAAAGAAGAUUUAUUACGACACGGAUUACACGGAGAAGAAGAACAAAAAGGUGAAGAAAAGCAAAGAGGAGCUUGAAGCUGAGGCAGAAGAGGAAGAGGAGGAGGCUCAAAACAUCCAGAGGCGUCUAGCAAACAACCUAAAUGAAGAAGACUAUGGCCUGGAUCUUAUUCAGGAAUUUGGAGAAAAACUGCCUGAAGAAAAAAAAUCAGAAGAGAAAAUUGUUAAAGAUUUGGACAAAAUGACGGAAAAGGAGAAAAGAAAGCUGCUGAAGAAGGAAUCGCCGGAGUUGCUGGAACUGAUUCAGGAUCUGAAAUUAAAGUUGGCAGAAGUGAAAAAUGACCUGGAUCCGCUCAUACAGAUGGUAAAGGAUGGAAGCAUCCAAGGAAAGGGCAGCGCGUACCUGCAGACAAAAUACCAACUUUAUUUAAAUUAUUGCACCAAUAUCAGCUUUUAUUUACUUUUGAAAGCCAAAAGGAUCCCAAUCCAGGGUCACCCUGUCAUAGAAAGACUCGUCGCCUACAGAAAUUUGAUAAAUGAUUUAGGAAUUGUAGAUGAAAGAUUAUCUGGGCAAAUCCACCUACUACUUAAUCAAGAUUUAGAAGAAAACGAGUCAGCGGAGGAAAAUUCUGCCAGUCUACCCAAGGCUUCCAAGAAACCUGUGAAAAAGACGCCUGUACUUGACGCGCCGUCCGAUGAAGACUCUGAUCUGGAUGAGGAAUCUGCUUUGAAAUUCUACAAGGAGAUGGAAACCAAAUUACAGAAUAAGAGAAAGCGUGCAUCUGACGACGCAGUAGUUGCUGAUUUGCCUUCAGAAGACAUUGAUCCAAAUGCAAAGAGAGGCAUCACAUAUCAGAUUGCCAAAAACAAAGGACUCACGCCUAAAAGAAAGAAGAUCGACCGCAACCCAAGGGUUAAACACAGAGAGAAAUUCAGACGGGCCAAGAUUCGCAGAAAGGGCCAGGUCCGAGAAGUUCGGAAGGAGGAAACCAGAUAUUCCGGGGAAUUAUCCGGAAUCCGAGCCGGGGUUAAGAAGAGUAUCAAACUUAAGUGAAACGACUCAAAAAUAUUUUACACUUGAUUGUAUAAUAAAAAAAUUUCUUUAUUAUUUUAACUGAA